ACACCCAACAACCUGGGUUUUUAUUUUCUUAUUAAAGAUUGGAUCUUUAAUGCAACUAAUUGUCAUGUUCUAGCGAGAGAGAGAGACAAAACCAUAAAUCAAUAAGAGAUUUGAAAGACCACACGUAAGACGUUACUUUUUCUUCUGGCUCCGCGUUUAUUCCAUGCGUUUGGGAAUCUUCUCUCUCUAAAACCUAGAUGGAGGGUGAUGUUGAAGAAGACCUAUGAUCUGUCUCUGUGUCUGGCUUCGUAGUUAUGGCAACAAGAGAGAAAAAAGACAUAAACCCUCUUUUAGUGAAAUUUGGAAUAGCUUUUGCUCUUUCUUUUGCUGGAUUUCUCUAUAGUCGCUUUAUAACCAAGAAAGUCAAACCCUCCUUGCCUCCUCCCUCGCCGCGCACAUCAGAUCCUCGCAGGGAAGUCAAUUCGGUCGGAAGAGCUCACUGUAGAGAUGAUCAUCAUAACUUGAAUAAAAUGCCCAACUCCUUCAGUGAUGUUCCAGUUUCAGCUGAAAUACAUGAAGAGACAUACAUGCCGAGGAUUGCUGUUGAAAGUUCUACAGUUGGUAUUUCUCCAAAUAGUGGACACAGUGUAGAUAAAGACGGGUUCCUCUUGCCUGAGUUUGAUGAUCUUGUCAAGGAAUACGACUUUUCUGCCACAACAGCUUCAUUUUCACCAAGAAAAGAUGUAGACACACCUAGGUCAUAUGUACAAACUCCCAGAGCAUUUAGAACCGCAGAAAAGGAUGAUUAUGAGCAGGAGAUCAGACAACUACAGAGCAUGGUUAGAAUGCUUCAAGAAAGGGAGAGGAGUCUGGAGGUGCAGUUGCUUGAGUAUUAUGGUCUUAGAGAGCAAGAAACAGCCAUGAUGGAGCUCAAAAACCGAGUGCACAUAAGCAAUAUGGAGUCCAAGCUUUUCACGUUAAAGGUUGAGUCCUUACAGGCAGAUAAUCGAAGACUACAGGCACAAGUGGCUGAUCAUGCGAAAGUUGUGUCUGAACUUGAUGCUGCAAGAGUGAAAAUUAAGAUGCUUAAAAAGAAACUAAGGUCUGAAGCUGAACAGAAUAAGGAACAGAUAUUGGCCCUUAAGAAGAGGGUUGAUAGGUUGCCGGACCAAGAUCUUAAGGCUGCUGCUAGUGAUCAGGAUAUACAAUUGAAGUUGCAAAGGCUAAAGGGUUUGGAAACUGAUGCAGAACAGUUGAGGAAAUCAAAUUUAAAACUGCAGCAGGAAAAUUCUGAUUUGGCACAUCGGUUAGAGUCCACGCAAAUCCUUGCAAACUCUGUUUUGGAAGAUCCAGAGACAGAAGAGUUGAGGAAAGCUAUCAUUCAUUUUGGACAAGAAAAUGAAGAGCGCACCAGGGAAAUUGAGCAACUACAAGCAGAUCGAUGCUCAGAUGUUGAAGAACUAGUCUAUCUCAAGUGGAUUAAUGCUUGCUUGCGAUAUGAGUUGCGGAAUUAUCAACCCCCUUCUGGAAAAACCGCAGCAAGAGACCUAAGCAAAACAUUGAGCCCCAAGUCUGAGGAGAAGGCCAAGCAACUAAUACUUGAAUAUGCAAAAACUGAAGGGGCAAGGGAAAAGGGAAUUGACUUACUGGAUUUUGAUUCCGACCAGUGGUCAUCAUCCCAAGCUUCCUAUCUAACAGACUCUGGAGAGCAUGAUGAUUCUUCUGUUGAUCAUUCUUCCGAUAUCAAAACUACAUCUUCAAUCAAGCAUAAGUACAUUAGUAAGCUUCGAAGACUUUUGCUGGGUAAAGACGAACAUCACCAUCAUCGCCGUACUUUGUCUGCUGACAAAGUUGUAUACCAUGAAGACAAUGUUUCUCGUCUUUCCAGUUCUGUUACUUCAGCAGGAACCGAUGCUGCGGCAGAAAUGCAAUUUACCAAAUCAAGAACUCCAUCUCAGAGUUCAUCGAGAAAAUCCAUGGAUUUUCACAGGUUGACUGUCAUGAAUGCAGAUAAUAUUAAGCAUAUGAGUAUUCAAAGAAACAGUGAUGUUGGGUCUUGUGGAUCCAGCAGUGUAAGGUGGGGUAGAGGUUCUUGUGAUUCUAUAGAGGAAAAUCAACUUGACCGGAGGUCAGAUUGCACUGAGAAAUCUGAUUUGUUAAAGUUUGCUGAAGCUUUGAAGACCUCUCAUAGUCGAACAGGAACGGUACACAAAAAAUCAUUAUCAUAUAGUUUUGGUUGAUAGUUUGACACAUAGUGACAGCUUAAUAAUCAUGUCACUUUGUAAUAGCACGGAACUUCAAGUUAAGGAUCUACAGGUUAAUUAAAAUGCACUGCACAGUAUACCAAGAAUCGUCUAGAAACUAAUUUUGCUGAAGAAAGCAUGAUUGUUGCUAAUUAAUGAGUGCUUUUGGCAGUUUAAAAUAAUGUAUCAGAAAAACAGUUAUUUUAGUAUUGUUUUAGUUAAUUUGUAAAUAACCACGAAUAAUACACUUUUAUUCUCUUAUCUCUGUUUCUUUUUU